AUGAAACAAGUUGGCCAUCCCAGGGACUGAGUUCCCCCAGUUCGCUUUACACACACAGUUCAGGGUGCUCCGAUAAUUAUCAGCCAGUCCUGCCUUUAAAGUUUCUCCACAAGCAGCAAUCAGAAUUACAUGCAAUCUCUGCAUGGAGCUAAUGAAUUCAUGACCAAGGCUACUCCUAGGCAUGUUAACAAGAUCCUUUAUCAGGAUAUUACUGUCCAACUUUAAUGCUGAACACCAGGCCCUUGGCCAUGCCUGAACUAUAAUGGAACCAACACGCUAGGACAGCACUGCAAGAGACCUUUGCAAACUCAAGAAUGAGCAUGCUUUCAAUACAUAUUGUGCUUGCAUAAAGAAUUGUAAGAAUGUGACAUUACUUGGUGAAACAUCCGCAAAGACACUACGGGAUCACCUCUCCAAUUAGCUUGGAACCUCCAAGAGAAAUAGAUUACAUGCACACACAGAAGCUGAUAGACGCCAUGAAGCCUUUUGGUGUAUUUGAAGAUGAGGAAGAGCUGAAUUGCAGGUUAAAUGUUCUCUGUAAGCUAAAUACCUUGGUGAAAGAGUGGAUUGCAGAAGUUGGUAAAAACAAGAACCUUCCAUCUUCAGUCUUUUCAAGUUCUGGUGGCAAGAUAUUAACGUUUGGUUCUUAUCGGCUUGGAGUUCACACAAAAGGUGCUGACAUAGAUGCUCUCUGUGUUGCUCCCAGACAUGUGGAAAGAUCAGACUUCUUCCUGUCGUUCUUUGAAAAGCUAAAGCUCCAAAAAGGCAUCAGAAAUUUAAGAGCAGUAGAAGAUGCAUAUGUGCCAGUAAUCAAGUUUGAAUUUGAUGGUAUUGAGAUUGAUCUUGUGUUUGCAAGGCUGACACUGGCAACCAUUUCUGACAACCUGGAUCUUCGGGAUGACUCAUGUCUGAGAAGCCUUGAUAUACGAUGUAUUCGGAGCUUAAAUGGUUGCAGAGUCACUGAUGAAAUACUUCAUUUAGUACCAAACAAGGAGAACUUCAGGCUGACGCUCAGAGCAAUUAAACUGUGGGCAAAACGACGUGGAAUUUAUUCUAACAUGCUGGGAUUCCUUGGUGGCGUUUCCUGGGCCAUGCUGGUGGCAAGGACAUGUCAGCUGUAUCCAAAUGCUUUAGCAUCAACACUAGUUCAUAAAUUCUUCUUGAUCUUUUCAAAAUGGGAAUGGCCCAAUCCUGUCUUGCUGAAGCAACCCGAAGAGAGCAGCCUCAACUUGCCGGUCUGGGACCCAAGGGUAAAUCCAGCUGACCGGUACCAUCUGAUGCCGAUCAUCACACCAGCCUAUCCACAGCAGAACUCCACAUAUAACGUGUCUUCAUCAACCCGAGCGAUAAUGGUGGAAGAAUUCAAAUAUGGUCUUGUAGUUGCAGAUGAGAUUCUUCAAGGAAAAUCGGACUGGCCAAAGCUGUUGGAACCACCGAACUUUUUCCAAAAGUACAAGCAUUACAUUGUCCUGACGGCCAGCUCCCCCACCAAAGGGCUCCAUUUGGAAUGGGUUGGCUUGGUAGAAUCGAAAAUCCGUGUGCUUGUUGGAAACUUGGAGAGGAACGAACUUAUUACCAUUGCGCAUGUAAAUCCACAGUCCUUCCCUGGGAAUAGGGAGCAGCACGAAGAGAGUGACUGUGUGUCCAUGUGGUUUCUGGGAAUAACAUUUAAGAAAGUGGAGAAUACAGAGAGUUUAAAAAUUGACCUGACCUAUGAUAUCCAGUCCUUCACAGAUACAGUGUACAGGCAAGCAAAUAAUAUCAACCUGUUAAAAGAAGGCAUGAAGAUUGAAGCAACUCACGUGAAGAAGAAACAACUCCAUUAUUACUUGCCAGCAGACUUCCUGCAGAAGAGGAAAAAGAGCGUGCCCGACGCUGCUCAGCGCACUUGCCGUCUCGUGUUGAAAAGGACUUCUGUGGACGAUGGCUCCAUGGGCAGUUACGGGUGCGCAGAUGUUGCGACACAGUGUACCGCAGUUCCUUCAUUCAGUGGCGUGGCGAGAUUCUGCAGUAGUUCUUUUUCAGAUGAGACCGAAAGGCAUGCUGGCCUUCCUAGAAUCAUGCCUGCAAGCAGAGAAAAGCCAAUAAAGAUCAUUCCACCUCUGGUACCUGUUCAAGGGCUGUGCAUUCCAGUUGGCCCACGGUUGGAUUCCUCGCUGGUGGUAGCACCCCUUCCAAAUGCUUGCAGUGUCUCCAUGGCCCUGGGGCAGAAUGCGACCGCUUCGUCUGUUGCUCCUGUCCUUGCCCAUUCCCAGCAGCAGCAGCAGGAUGGACUUGCUUCUGGGAUCAUUAAAAAUAGUCCUGCACACAAGAGAGGCCAUUCCCCUGCUUCGGAAGAAUGUUUUAAACGGCUGAAAGAUGUAGAAAAGCAUUGCCUUGAAGAAGCCAUGCCUGUUCCAACUUUUACCACAUUAAGAUCACAGCGACUUUCCAGUAAGGAAUUGCCAGAUUCAUCAUCUCCAAUCCCAGCAAGUGGUAUUCGUGUUGUCAAAAAUUCUAUCAGACUGACUCUUAACCGAUAGCAGUGCUCCUUCAGGUGCUGCUCUAUCUUAACUGUUGUUAAAAAAGAAAAAAAGAAAGAAAUCAAGCCACUGUUCCCAAGAACCAUGGCCUCUGGGUACACCUCUAAUCUAGAUGUUUGUUCCCUUGGAUUCAACUCUAUUUUCACUGUGUGGAUGCAUAGCUUUAUUUUAAGUCUUACGUGUUUACAUUACUUGUCUUGAGUGAAAAACCCUUUUGUUAUGAAAAAUACAAAAAAAAAGUCUCGUGUUUUAGGAAAAAAGUUUGUGGGGGGGGGGGCAUGCAGACUGCUGGACCCUGGUGUGCUUCCACUUAAUUCUGUGGGAUUCCAUCAGUGCCCUGCCGUCUGCAUCUCCCUCUGAUAUGCAUUCUUAACACAAUUGUUCUAAUCAGGAAAUCCACACCAGUCUUCUAAGUCUGCUAAGCUGUUGAUUAUAGAUGGACUUCGUUAAGUGGUUCUUGUGAACAUCAGCUAGAAUGAAUUACGCAAGGAAUAUCUCUGUGCUUAUUUGGACGGCAGUCCUGUUACAGAAUUUGGCACCUAACUCUCUCUCUAUAUAUGCACUGUCUAAAUUUCCCAUUAAAGCUGCCUCCCAUGGAGGUCCACAAAAAACAAACCUAGUUCAUGAUUCAGCCAUUAUUUAAGCACAGUAAAUCUCCUUGCAUAUAAAUAAAUAGCAGCAUUAGCCGUCUGUUUUCUCUCCUCCUCCCACCCCACUGACUGAAAUUUGAGAUCAAUGGGAGUUAAACAUCCUUAAAUUUUAGUAGGAUUGGACUCUGGGUUUUUAAAACAAAAACUCAAACAGAGAAGAAUCUUUCACAAUGGUAGAAUGCCAAGGAUGAUGGUUACUGUGUCACUUGAAUGUUGGAACGGGUAUAGUCUUUGCAUAUGGCCUUAAAUCACAAACUAAAUUCCUUCUAUUAUCCACUGAAAUAUUUCAGAAUAUUUUUUCAUAGUUUGUCCAGGAUGCAUAAAAGCUUUUGACCUGCCCUGCCUGUCCAUGGUCUUCCUAGGAACUGUGGGUAGAAGUGUAGGGCUGGAAUCUCUAGUGAUAUUGCAUUCUGGACAAUAUGCUAUUUUGAAUAGUUCAUAUUGGAUAAUAUUGAACUUAGUUAAGACCGCUUCAGUCAUGUUGAAAAAAUGUCUUCCAAAAACUUGCUUUCCCCUCUAAGACAAGAUUUGUUCUUGACAUUUCUAAAUUAUGUAUUGUGUUUUUGUAAAAACAAAUUAUGUAUAUUUAGAGUAUUUUUGUAUGUACUGUAAAAAAACAUUUUCAAAGAAAAAAUUUAAAAACUCUA